AUGCCAUCCUCUAAAACAAGAGAUCGCAUUUGUCCUUCGCUUUGGGAACUCCCUGUCAAUGCGCUUGAUGUCGUCGAGUGGUUGCUCACCGGCCCAUUGACUGUGAAUCCAAAUUCUCUAAGCUCACAAUCCCAUAUUAGAGAAGAAAAACCCAUUGUGUCACAAAACAAAAGCAUUCGUAAAUUGACAAUGUUUCGAACAACCAAAAAACGGACCCGUCCCAAUCGCAUCCGGUUGACCGAAGAAGUGGACAACGAAGGAGAGGGCGGGGUGGAUCUUUCGCUGACAGAGAAUUCCGAUUUGCCCUCGGACAAUGUCGAUCGCUCGCAUUCCGCACGCCUUCAUCGGACCAAAAUGAAUCGAAACGUGAUUCGAUCGUUCCAGGACGAUGAAAUCAUGGAUUCAAAUGUCACGACAGACAAAAAGACUAAGAAGAGACGAGGCCUAGGAUUUGGUGGUGGUAGAAGUAGCACUACAAGUGUUGUUAUCGCAAAGGACGGCGUUGACACAACGGAAGAUCAAGAUACCGCGUCUAUGUAUAAUGCGGAUAUUUUGAAUCAGCUCAAGUCCGAACAGCAGUCAUACCAGCCAGCACAUGAACCACCCGAGCAAUCUCCUGAAUUGUUUUCACCGAAAGUCCAUGUCACGCAAAGCAGCAGCGUCUUUGACGAAAACUUUAUACCCCUGCAGUCUACUGCUGAUAGUGCGAACAUGGCGUUUGCAUCGGAGGAACCCAUUGUCUUGUCGGGCGAAGCAGCUUUUCAAUUGGAAGAACCGGAUGGAGCUGGCGCAUUAGGCUGUGUCGACGGUGACGACGACGACAACAAGAAGCACGAGUUUAACCCGCAACUGCAGUCCUUACACGAUCAAGACGACGAAGACAACGCUGAUUGGGAGGUACAGGUAGCUCGCCGUGCUGGCAUCAGCACUAGGCAGAAGCAACCUUCUUACACGGUCCCGCGUAUGGGCAACCACGCCGAUGAUUUGGAGAAAACUACGGGGUCGCCAACAUCCACGCUCUCUAUGACUACCAUACAAAAGCAAAUCGCGGCUUCUUUGGAGCAGCUACGUGCACAACAGUCAGACUGGGAGCAAGCGCGCCAGAGACGACAGGUAGAAUUAGAACAGACUUCCCAAGAACUCUCUCGACAACAGGGGGACUUGCAACAUUCGGGAGAGGCCUUGGAGUACUAUCAAGAUUUGAUGUGUCGUCUUGCUUCCUGGGUCGGUGCGAUGCGCGCAUUGCAAGGCAAGAUUCGGCCGAUUCAGGAGCUUUUGCAUGCUGUCGAAGCCGACGUGGCAUCGCUGAGCUCUUGGAGACAAUGGGAAGACGAUGCAAUUGCCAUGUUGUCUCAGAACGACAAACUAGAUCGCGUUCUUGGACGUCAGCCGCCGCUAGCUAUUUACGACAACGUCACCACAGUCGAUGAGUUUGGUCGAGAUGUUAAAUCACAAUACGCGUUGACCAGGGAAUCGCAUGUUCGUCAGCGUCGGAAUAUUCGAUUGCAGCGAGAAGCGCGCCAGGAAAGGUUGCGCGGGGACGAGUCCGAUGCGUGCCUCAGCGACGAGGAAAAGGAAAGUUUGCGUGAAAGGCGAUUGGCGUUGCGGGAAGCCUUGCAAGUUGCAAUAGAUGAGAUAGACGAAUCGUACUCAUCGUUGCAACCGCUUGUGGACAUCUUUACGAAGUGGCGUGACUCGUACUCGGAGGAUUACACGAAGUCGUACGCGUCGUUGUGCUUGGCAGAUUUGGCGACGGUACUAGUAUCCGUCGAGCUCUGUUCCUUGAACGAUCCCUGGGACGAUUCGAACGGAUACAAUGAAGCUAAAUGGAUGACUGUCAUCAAUAAGGCAGUCAAAUCAAGUUUGAUGGCAAGAUCGGACGUCGAGCGGAUUGUUGAAAAGGCGGUACUCUCUAGUCAUUCUGACUUGUUGGCGAAGUCUGGCUACAGUCUCUUAUCCACAACGAGGACCCAGUCGCUGACUGGAUUCUACAAGCAUUUGCGAAAAUUGCUACCUGCUGAAAGUGGGCCACUUACUAAGUUUCGCGAGCAAGUCUCGGUCUACGUACGAGAUUGUCUGCAAGCCAUGGCAAUUCCUAUUCUUCACAGAGAUGCUUCAUAUCAGCAGUCUGACGACGACUCUGACUUACAAGAAGCGCUACAGUUUGCUGUUGUGGGGACGAUGCAUCGUCUCAAAAAGAUCUUGGUAAACCUGCUGCGCUACUGGGCUCCGGUCAUGUCGGACGAUAAUGAUGGCUUCAUUGACUGUGUCUUGGACUUUGUGUCGAACAAAUUUCUAUUUUUGAUAUCAUCGUUACAACAUUUGGACCAGCCACGCUUUGCCGAAACACCACCUGAAGUAUUCAACGAUGUCGUACAACUAUUGGAACAAACUGGAUGGCUCGAGAGACCUGAAUGGAUGCUUCAAGCAGCACCCAUACGGGGGGCGGCUACGGCGUUCAAAAGUCAAAUCCGGCAGCAGCCUUGCGUUGAGAAAGUAGAUGGAAAGGUGUAGCUUUUGUGUUAACAUUAUGCAUCUUAGCGCUGGUGGAUGCUGCCGACUGAUAAGCUCUUUGUGCAUCUUAAUGAAAUUUUUGAACUGUCCCACCUCUCUUUUGAGGUAUCAAGACUUGACAGCUAUUGCUUUGGCGACGUUGCUUUUCACCAACCAAUCUACGAUUUGGUCCACAACUUCAUACGCACCUGUUUCAUUUAGAUGAAGCCCAUCAGUGAGUAUCUUGUUGCCAACCAUAGUAGAAAGUCGGUCCCAAGAAAAGAAAAUGCCUAAAUUGUGAAACAGCAAAUUCAUGAUGAUGGACAGCGGAAAAAACGCAUCUACCGGAAGCCCGCCUUUGCGCUUCUUUUCCAAGAUGGCUUCAAAGCACGAAAAGACUGGAAUAACGGUGCAGCGCUCACCAUAGUUAGCACCGACACGUUCAAUGAUUUGGUUCGCUUCUCGGAUGAGAUCGUUGGAUUUGGCUUUGAGAUCUUCACCCAUCGGAGGCAAGGUACAAAGAGCUAUUUUGACAUUUGGAGAUGAUUGAUCGAUAAAAUGGAGAAUUUCCGUAAGGUUACGCUCAAGCAAGGCCAUCGUGGGAACUUGAGAGAGAGUGUUAAUGCGCGAGAUAUCCUUCCCCCACGACUUCUUGUACAUGGCACGAACAUCGUUGGUUCCAAUCAUUAUCAUCAUAUAGUCUGGGUAGACACCUAACGCGGCAUUCAUGCGUUCUUUCAAUAUCGUUUCACUAGU